UUCUCUUUCUUUCUCUCUCUCUCUCUCUCUCUGUUUUUCUGUCUGUUGCUUUCCACACCCACCAACCAUUCUAUCUUAAGGUCAUAGUAUUGGUGCUUCUGUUUUGUAAUUUCAGUUGUGGGUAUCUUGUGAACAACUGCGCAGUAAACUGUCUGAUUAAAAAAGGAAGUGUGAAGUGCAGACAUAGAUGAAGAUUUCACUGCAGAAGCAAACCACGCUUUUUAUGAUUGGCUCUGGAGUAUAAAAUCUGAUUCAAUUUCUCUAACAGUUCGCUUGAAGGAACAAGUAAAACUCUUUAUGUUUAAGCUUCUUCCACAAGAGACGUUAACAAAAUGAUUUUGUGUUUUCUCGGGGUACCCCAAAAAGAAUACAGAAUGUCAUGAUUAGAGAAGAGGAGACAAGUGGGCUGAAUGGGGUAAUAGAUUUGGAAAAGAUAUUAUCCACAUCUGAUCUCUGAAAAGGAUCUCAUGCCAAUGAAGAGUGAUUCUGUGAAGCGUGAAUGCAACAGGUCUUAGGUUCUCACACCCUCUAUAAUUUUGGAUACCUAUACUGCAGCUUUCUUGGUAGACAGUAACUAUGAAAAGCAGACAUGCAAGUUUCUAUUAUGGAACUACAGAAAGAAAUAACCAUCAAUGAUUCUAAUACGACUUCAUGGCAAAGGAUCUUGAAAUAUUAGGCACAGCUAAUACAUGGAGCUCAGUUGAAACAUUAUCCCAGUUUGGGAACUUAUAAGGAAAGUGGCUCUUUGUGUGCAAAUGUUUUUUUAUUCCCAUAUGUAAUUUACUGAGAAAAACAGAUUGAAUGAGAAAGACUUGACAUAGAUAAUAUGACAGAUUAAGAACUACAACGCUGUUCAUUCCAAGCCUUUUUUCAUAUCAAAGAAUCGGAUUUAUCUUUCAGCAAUGAGUUAUGCACAUAGAACUUAAUAAAACUAAGAAAAACUUCUACAUCUGAAAACAAUGCCAACACCCACAGAUGACUGCCAACUACAUAAAGACUUCUACAACAAUCUGUAUGCAAUUACCUAUACAAUCAUACUAGUUCCUGGCUUAAUAGGGAAUGUUUUAGCACUAUGGGUAUUUCGCUGUUAUAUCAGAGAGACAAAAAAAGCUGUCAUAUUUAUGAUUAACUUAGCUGUUGCAGACCUCUUGCAAGUUUUGUCUCUACCACUAAGGAUUUUUUACUACUUGCACAAAUCCUGGCCAUUUGGAAAGGUACUGUGCAUGUUUUGCUUUUACCUAAAAUAUGUUAACAUGUACGCAAGCAUAUACUUUCUCGUCUGCAUCAGUAUAAGACGAUAUUUAUUCCUAAUGCACCCAUUUAAAUACAAUGAUUACAAACGAAAGUGGGAUAUCUAUGCAAGUAUUGUAGGGUGGCUGAUUGUCUGCAUCUGCUGUUUACCUUUCCCACUUCUUAGAGAUGCAGGCAACCCAGAAAUUGAUAAAUGCUUUGUGGACCUCCCAAUGGCGCAGAAUCUUGGCAAUUCUGUAGUCAUCACAAUGGUCACUCUUGCAGAAAUUACAGGGUUUGUACUACCACUUUUAAUUGUGUUUUUCUGCUCAUGGAAAACUUCCCUGACAUUAAAAGAAACAAACACACUAGUGAAUGACAAUGGAGAAAAAAGAAAAGCUUUCAAAAUGAUUUUAACUUGUGCAAUAGUUUUCUUGGUGUGCUUUGGGCCUUAUCAUUUAAGCUUUCCUUUAGACUUCUUGGCAAAGGCAAACAAACUUAGCUGUAACAGCAAAAAGGCUGCAUCCAUAUUUCACCCAGUGGCCAUUUGUUUGGCCAGCUUAAACUCCUGUGUGGACCCAGUCAUAUAUUACUUUACUACAGAUGAGUUCAAAAGGAGAUUGUCAAGGCAAGACUUACAAGAAAGUAUUCAGCUUCAAACUAAAAUCUAUUCAUCGAGCCAGUCCAGGAGUGAAUGCCAAGGCUGAAUAUACUGUGUAUAAAAGCAUGUUUUAAUGUAUUCCAGAUUUGUACCUAUACAUUUAUUAUGUGAUAAUGAAGCUAAUGCUAAAUGUAAUGUAUUACCUACUGAUGAAGCACAUGUUGUUUAAAAGUAUGAUAAUACAAUGUAGCUAACCUGUU